GGACGGCACGGCCCCGUCCGGGUGAAGGCUGGACACCGGCGGACAGCGCGCCGCGGAGGCUGGGCUGGUGACCAUGCUAGCCGCGCUGCUCAAGCAGGAGCUGACGGUGGGGGAGGGGAAAGAGGAACGGCCCGGCAGGAGCCCAGCCACCCGCCGAGCGUUCAGCAUCGCGUGGUGGAGCUGCCUGCUCUCUGUCACCAUAGCAACGGCAGUGCUGCGGGCCUACAAGAUCGGCCUACCGUCUGCAGCCACGUGGGACGAAGUCCACUUUCUGCGGUUUUCUAAGCAUUACCUUACUGGCACUUUCUUUCAAGAUGUGCAUCCACCGCUUGGCAAGAUGAUCGUGGCAGCCAUCGGGUACAUGGCCGACCAGAACGUAUCCAUGCCUAUCGACAACGACCGCCCGUACGAGUACCCGCAGGACCAGUGGCACAUCCUGAUGAGGAUGGGCGUGUCUCUGUUUGGCGUGUUCCAAGUGGUGACGUCAUUCCUGCUCGUGUGGGAGAUCAGCCGGUCGCUCUCGGCAGCGUACAUCACCACACUGCUGAUCGUCUGCGAUUCAGCAGCCCAUGCGUACAACAGGCUCAUUCUGUUGGACCCCAUCCUGGUGUGGUUCAUCCUGCAGUCAGCCUACAGCAGCGUCAAGUUCUGGUCGUGCCGGGACAGACCGUUCGGAGUGCGCUGGUGGUUGUGGCUGCUGCAAACCGGUGUUUGCCUGGGCCUCACGUUCGCCGUCAAGUACGUCGGCGCGUUCGUGGUGGUGCUGGUGGGCCUGCAGGCAGUGUACGACCUCUGGCAGCAGUACUGCGACACCUCAGCUGGGCUGAUGAAUGUGAUCAAGCACUUCCUGGCCCGCUGUGUUGGUCUGGUGCUGGUGCCAAUUCUGCUGUAUCUCUCCACGUUUGUGCUUCAUCUGCAUCUGCUGCACAAGGGAGCAAAUUCGCCGGGAAUCGGCUUUCAUUCGGCGCAGUUCCGGCUUUCCUUUCCGGACCACAACAUCUCAAGGCACACACCGUCUGUGGUGAUGUACGGCUCGCAAGUGACGCUGCUGAGCGCGGUGCGGCCGAGCGGUUAUCUGACCACCUCGUACGACCUGUACCCGCCCGAGUACGGCGCCGAGCACCAGGUCAUCGCGCUCGACAUGAACCUCGACGAACUGAACGCCUGGGGGUUCAAGCGCGUGGACGAGGGCCGGCUGGCCGACAUGACCUCAGACGAGUACGUGGCGCAGCCGGUGGCGCACGGCGACCUGGUGCGCCUGCUGAACGUGUUCACCGAGCGGCACCUGCACACGCACCGGGUGCGGGCGCCGAUCACCCGACACAUGUACAUGGCCACCGGCUUCGGCGAGGUGGACGAGUUCUACGAGGGCAGUGUGUGGCGCGUGCUGCUGGACGAGCCGGGCGCCGAGCCGGGCGUCACGCCGCUGCGCGCCGUCGGCUCCUGGUUCCGGCUGAUCAACAACCGCACCGGCUGCGCGCUGCGGCCCGGCCUCAGCAAGUACCCCUCCUGGGGCUUCGGCGCGUGGGAGGCUGCGUGUGAUCCGAAGGGUGUCAAUCUGAAGGACGUACACCAGCUGUGGCAGAUCGACGAGAACGUCAACCCCAAAGUGGAAGGUACUGAUCUGAAGGCGCUAUACGAGAUGAGCACCCUUAACAAGAUCGUGGAGCUGCACCAGGUCAUGCUCAACUCCAACAGCAAACUCAAAGUCUAUGACUUUGAGGGCGAAGACGGCAUGCAGAAGCUGCUCAGAAGCUAUCCCUGGAUGUGGCCUGUGCUUUACAGGGGGUGUCCGGGCCACGGGACAACAUGGCACUCGCUGUACUUCGUGGGCAGUCCUCACGUCUACUUCCUGAACCUGGCAGUGCUGUGCCUGCUGCCGCUGCUCUGGGUCGUGUCGGAGGUGCGGCGGCAGCGGCGUCCGCGGCAGCCCGCAGAGUGUUCUCGCAUUCGGGAGGGUCUGCUGUACCUGCUGCUGGGCUGGGCGCUGCACUACCUGCCCUUCUGGGCCAUGCAACGCAUCCUCUACUUCCACCACUACCUGCCGUCGUUCUUCUUCAGCACAAUGAUAUCUGGUGUGGUGGUAGACGGACUGAUUGGGAGCCUAGAACGUCUGCCUCUGCCGUUGGGUCGCCAAUUUGUCCGACCCACCAUCUUGGCAGCUAUAUCGGCUUUCUAUGUCAACAGCUUCCUGACGAACUGGGAGCUGGCCUUCGGCGUUCCGGGCGAUGGCACCAGCGAGCUGCUCGUGAAGAGGUUCCUGUAUUUUGACUCAUGGGAAAUGUGAGGAGCCGCCGUGCCGCGCACUAAGCGUGGCACCAAGCGCGACCCGGCCCCGUUCAUGUAUGCUUCGUGAUGCCAUACCACGCCAUCCCUCGACUAGUACAAGAGGUGCUCAAAUUGCCGACAGAAGCGGGUUUGAAACAGUCUUGUGCCGCGUACUUUUGUUGCCGACGGGAUAUUUUCGGCGCGGGUCUAUCGCU